UUCCUCCAGAGAUUGGGAACCUUGGACGUGGCGAGGCGGUAGAAGGCUGGAGCGCCACACAUAGAGGUCCCUCAGGCGGACCUUCUGCGCCGCAGUCCAGCCAGGGAGCGCCGACGCCUCUUUCCAGCUCGGGGCGGGGCGGGAGGAUGGCUUCGGAGAUGGAGUCGUCGCUGGAGGUCAGCUUCGCGUCCAGCUGUGCGGUGUCAGGAGCGUCUGGGUGUUUGCCUCCCGCCCGCUCCCGCAUCUUCAAGAUCAUAGUGAUCGGCGAUUCGAACGUGGGCAAGACGUGCCUGACUUACCGCUUCUGCGCCGGCCGCUUCCCCGACCGCACCGAGGCCACGAUCGGGGUGGACUUCCGAGAGCGAGCAGUGGAUAUUGAUGGAGAGCGCAUCAAGAUCCAGUUGUGGGACACUGCAGGACAGGAGCGGUUCAGGAAGAGCAUGGUGCAGCACUACUACAGGAACGUGCAUGCUGUUGUCUUUGUGUAUGACAUGACCAACAUGGCCAGCUUCCACAGCCUGCCAUCCUGGAUAGAGGAAUGCAAACAGCAUUUGCUAGCAACUGACAUACCUCGGAUUCUGGUGGGAAAUAAAUGUGACUUGAGAAGUGCCAUUCAGGUGCCCACAGACUUGGCACAAAAGUUUGCUGACACACACAGUAUGCCUUUGUUUGAGACCUCUGCUAAAAACCCCAAUGAUAACGACCACGUAGAAGCUAUAUUUAUGACGUUGGCCCAUAAACUAAAGAGCCACAAACCACUGAUGCUUAGCCAGCUGCCUGAUAACAGAAUUAGCCUGAAACCCGAAACAAAACCUGCGGUGACUUGCUGGUGCUGAGUCACAGGCAUGGCCAUCACAGGCCUGACUUACCCGAGGAGAAGCUUGUGAAGUGUGACAGUGAUCGAGUUCGUAAGAGUAAAUCUUAGAUGUAAUGGAUCAUCCUGCUGUUAUCGUUGUUACGAUGCCUUUUGUAGUUUGCAUCCUCUUAAUCAAGUUUGUCACUGAGACAGCACAUGGAAAAGGCCGAGUUACAGCUGAGGUUGAAAGUGAAGCCAAGGCAGGACUACCGGGGCCACCUUUCCAGCUCCAGCCAGAUGCAGCAGCUUCAAGUGAGCACGAUGGAACUUAAAGGGUCAGACCCGCUCCCCUCGUUGUCCCUGGGGCAGCAAAAGAUCGCUGUGUAGUGCACACAUGUCGAGCAGAGCUGGGCGAGCUGCUAGUUAGUAGGUGCUUUGCUUUAAUUGACUCUGUAUCUUUAGCACUAAAAACUAAUCAAGAGAAUACAAGCGGUUGUAACAGGAGUUUAUUUUAGCCAUGACAUUUAAUGGAAAUAUCAGAUAUCUACAAAGCUGGUUUCUGGUGCCCUUGUCCUCUUCCCAGUCGGUCGGGUGGCUCAGAGCCGGUGUCAGUCAGCAUCCAUUUGGCUGCGGCUCUACAUGUAUUCCUGUAAUAGUAUUGUUGGAUGAGUCUUUUAAAUGCCUGAAUUUUAUGGCCUUGGUAUAAAAACUGGUAAAACAAAAUGUUCCUUGGUAUAAAAAAUGAGUUAAAUGAUGAAAAAUAUCUUACCUGUUCCUCAAUGAUGAAAGAAAUUGUUUAAAAAGUUUUUUUUGCCCUAAGUACUUAUAGUUUGAGUUUAUAAGUCUCAGAACAAAGAAAAUAGUAGUUCACAUAUGGAGAUGUUAGCAGACCGGUGCAUGAGCCGAGCCUGAGUCUGAGCAUCCUUGUUGUGACAGCUUGCAACCCUCGGCAAUUUUAGAGGAAAUGAAGCCAAAAUAUGUUUUACUUAAAUAGUUUCAUAAUGUGGGAAACAAACAUAAUCCAACCUAGUUUCAGAUUUUUGUUUCAUUAUUCUGAAGGUCCCAACUGAACAAUUCAGUUAUGAAAGCAAAAUUUUUCUAUUUAAUAAAGUAAGUGCCGGGCAGUGGUGGCGCACGCCUUUAAUCCCAGCACUUGGGAGGCAGAGGCAGGCAGAUUUCUGAGUUCGAGGCCAGCCUGGUCUACAGAGUGAGUUCCAGGACAGCCAGGGCUACACAGAGAAACCCUGUCUCG